AUGGACGACUCAAUCAUGGAUGGUGACUCCAUCUUCAACAUCAGUGAUGAUGAAAACUCAGACUUUGUGCCUGAGAAGCCAGCCCCGAAAACCAAGGCCAAGCCUGCUCCCAAAAAGACUGCGGCUGCCAAACCCAAAGCCGCGGCCAAAAAGGCUCCAGUGAAGAAGGCAGCAGCCAAGAAGAAGGCCAAGGCGGAUAGCGAAGACGAAGUUUCCGACGUUCACAUGUCCGAUGACGAUGCCGACUCCCUGCUCUCCCAGACUCCUCCCAAAGCGAAGAAGGCUGCUGCUCCCAAGAGGGCUGGCUCGAAGCAGCCUCUCGCUGAUGUGGAAAAUGAGUCAUUUGGAGGAGAUGCCGCUGGCGAAGCACCGGAGGAAGGUAGCGUAGCCGAUAAGUACCGGAAGCUUACGCAACUCGAACACAUUACCAAACGUCCUGAUACAUACAUUGGUUCCACCGAACGUACAACUCAGUCGAUGUGGGUUUACAACUCUGAGACAGAAUCCAUGGAGUUCCGUCCGGUAUCAUUCGUCCCCGGUCUCUACAAGAUUUUCGACGAGAUCGUUGUCAACGCAGCCGAUAACAAGAAGAAUGACAAGAACAUGAGCGAAAUUCGAGUGACAGUCAGUCGUGAGGAGGGCGAGAUCAGCAUCUGGAACAAUGGACGUGGUAUCCCCGUCGAGAUUCACUCCGAGUAUAAGAUCUACGUUCCCGAGCUGAUCUUCGGUAACCUUUUGACCUCAUCCAACUACAAUGAUAAGCAGCAGAAGGUGACUGGUGGUCGUAAUGGUUACGGCGCCAAGCUCUGCAACGUGUUCUCCACUGAGUUCACCGUGGAAACUCAGGACUCGCGCCAGAAGAAGAGGUACAAACAAACCUGGACGGAAAACAUGACCAAGAUGGGCAAGGCAAAGAUCACCGAAGCCAAGGGCGAUGACUACACCAAAGUCACGUUCAAGCCUGAUUUUGCCAAAUUCGGUAUGGAGGGCAUGGACGAUGACUUUGAGGCCCUCGUGAAGCGCCGUGUCUACGACUUGGCAGGUACGGCGAGCGUUACAGUCAAGCUGAAUGGCACUCGUAUUCCCAUUCGCAAUUUCCGCAAGUACAUGGAGAUGUACACCAAGGCUAUCCGCAAGGAGCGCGGCGAGGAAGGCCCGGCUUCCAAGGAUGAAAUCAUCACCUGCAGCCCCAAUGAUCGGUGGGAAAUUGGCUUUGCUGUCUCGGAUGGUUCUUUCCAGCAGGUCUCGUUCGUCAAUUCCAUCGCCACCACAUCUGGCGGUACUCACGUCAACUACAUUACCGACCAGAUCUGCAAUCGCUUGGCGGAGCAGGUGAAAAAGAAGAACAAGAGCGGUGCUACUCUGAAGCCGGCCCAAAUUCGGAACCACAUGUUCAUCUUUGUGAAUUCGCUUAUUGUCAAUCCAACUUUUACCUCUCAGACGAAGGAGCAGUUGACCACAAAGGCAAGCCAAUUUGGUAGCAAGUGUGUUCUUGAGGAAGACUUUUACAAGAAGGUUCUCAAGACUGAUGUCAUGGAAAAUAUCCUGCACUUUGCCGCCCAGAAAGCGGAUCAGAUCCUCAAGAAAAGUGACACUGGCCGCCGCACGCGCAUGAACAAUCCCAAGCUGGUCGAAGCUAACAAGGCUGGUACCCGGGAUGGCCAUCACUGCACCCUGAUUCUCACUGAGGGUGACUCUGCCAAGGGCUUAGCCAUGGCGGGACGUGCAGUUGUUGGUCCCGAUCUCUUCGGUGUUUUCCCUCUCCGUGGAAAGCUGCUCAACGUGCGUGAUGCUUCGUUCGAUCAGAUUUCAAAAAACCAGGAGAUUCAAAACAUCAAAAACUUCAUCGGACUGCAACACAAGAAGGAGUAUACCGAAACGAAGGGUCUCCGAUAUGGCCAUCUCAUGAUCAUGACUGAUCAGGAUCAUGAUGGUAGUCACAUCAAGGGUCUUCUUAUCAACUUCCUCCAGGCGCAGUUCCCCAGCUUGCUUAAGAUUCCGGAGUUCUUGAUCGAGUUCAUCACUCCCAUCAUCAAGGUCUGGAAGGGUGACCCCAAGAAUCCGACCAAGUCGCGCUCUUUCUUCACCAUGCCUGAAUAUGAGGCCUGGAAGGAGGAACACAAGGAUGAACGCGGAUGGGAUCACAAGUACUACAAGGGUCUGGGAACUAGUUCCACCGAAGAUGCCCAGAUUUACUUCCGCGAUCUCGAUCGCCACCUCAAGGAGUUCCAUACCAUGCAGGACCACGAGGCAGCUCUCAUUGAGCUGGCUUUCUCGAAGAAGAAGGCUGAUGAGCGAAAGGAGUGGCUGCGUCAAUUUAAGCCCGGCACGUACCUUGAUCACUCCAUGGACAAGAUUAGCUACACGGACUUCAUCAACAAGGAACUGAUCCUGUUCAGCAUGGCUGAUAACCAGCGUUCCAUUCCAUCCGUGGUCGACGGUUUGAAACCUGGUCAGCGGAAGGUUUUGUAUACUUGCUUCCGCCGUAACCUGAAGAAGGAUAUGAAGGUCGUCGAGCUGGCAGGUCUUGUUUCCGGAAUGACCGCCUACCAGCACGGUGAUGUCUCGCUUCAGCAGACCAUUGUUGGUCUCGCUCAGACAUUCGUUGGCUCCAACAACAUCAACACUUUGGAACCCAGUGGUAAUUUCGGUAGUCGACUUCAAGGUGGUGGCGACUGUGCUAGUGCUCGUUACAUCUACACUCGGCUGUCACCCUUUGCUCGAAAGGUUUUCAACCAAGCCGAUGAGCCGCUGCUGACCUACAAUGAGGACGAUGGCAAGAAGAUUGAGCCUGAAACCUACAUGCCUGUGGUACCCAUGAUUCUGAUCAACGGUGCUGAUGGUAUUGGAACCGGUUGGAGUUCUUCCAUCCCCAAUUACAACCCAGAGGACAUUGUGGCCAACUUGAAUCGUUUGAUGGAUGGCCAGGAGACUGUUCCAAUGGAACCUUGGUUCCGUGGUUUCACUGGUGAGGUUGUCAACAUAGGCGGCGAUCGCUUCAAAUUCAGCGGAAUCAUCAAGGAGACUGGAGACAAGGAGGUUGAGAUCACCGAGUUGCCUAUUCGCACCUGGACUCAGGACUUCAAGGACAAGUUGGAGGAUAUCAUCAAGGCCGAGAAGGUCCCCUCUUUCAUUAAGGACUACAGGGACUACAACACCCACAGCAAGGUCCACUUUGUGAUCCAGCUUGAUGAGAAGAACAUGAAGGCUACCUCAUCGGAGGGCUGGGAGGAGAAGUUCAAGCUUUCCAAGACAAUCGCGACGACCAACUUGGUUGCGUUUGACCCUGAGGGCCGCAUCACAAAGUACGCAACUGUCGAUGACAUCCUCAAGGAGUUCUUCACCGUGCGUCUCAAGUACUAUGAGCGACGUAAGCAGCACCAGCUCGGAGAGCUUCAGAAGGAGCUUGAGAAGCUGAGCAACCAAGCUCGCUUCAUCAUGAUGAUCAUUGAGGGCACUCUGGUCAUUUCCAAGAAGAAGAAGUCUAACCUGGUCAUUGAGCUGAAGGAGAAGGGCUUCAAGCCGAUCGCCAAGGUUGCCGACGCGUCCAAACUGGGCGAGGAUGAGCCUGCGAUGGAAGACACCGAGGAGGUUGAUGACAAGGAUGUCGAGGUGCUGUCCAGCUCCUACGAUUACCUUCUCGGCAUGCCCAUGUGGUCGCUCACUCAGGAGCGUGUGGAGAGACUUCGCCGCCAGAUCGGUGACCGUGAGACGGAGGUUGACGACCUGAUCAAGUUGUCCAAGGAGGAUCUCUGGAGGAAGGACCUGGAAGAGUUCAUCAACGAGUGGCGCUUCCAGCUUGAGGAUGAGGAACGUCGUAUGCGCAAGAUGCAGAACAUGGGCCGCCGGCAUUCGUCUAAGCUCAUGACCGGCGGAGGUCGUGGUGCCGCGGCCGCACGCAAGCGCAAGGCUGCUGCUGGAGACGAUCCCGACGAUGAAGACUUUGCAGCACCAAAGGCAAAGAAGAAAGCCCCUGCCAAGAAGAAAGAACCAGUCGUCAACAGCCUGGCUAACUUCCUCAGCAAGUCAUCCACCAAGGAGCCUACACCAAGCGCUGACGGGGCUGGUGAUUCUGAUGACGACUUUGACUUUGAGAAGGAAAUCCUUCCUAAAAAAGCCCGCGCCGCGCCGAAGCCAAAGUCCAAGACUACGGCCGAGGACGAUACAAUUGACCUUGACCAAGUCCCCCCAAUUAGCUCUUCACGUGCGUCAGUCCAGCCAGACGCUGAUCCUAUGGAUCUUGACGAGGAGCCUGCUGCGAAGCCAAAGCCGAAGACGAAGGCAGCAGCGAAGCCGGCAGCGAAGCGUGGUCCCAAGGCCAAGGCAAAGCCUGCUGACGAAUCCGACGAUGAUUUCCUUGAGAUCGCGCGGACGGCCAAGGAGGCUGCCCCAGCUGGUCGCGCUCGUAAGCCCGUCAAGUACACCGCCAUCAGCGACUCCGACAGCGACAACGGAGACGAUCUUUUGGGCGACGUCAGUCAAAUGGUUAAGGGUAUUGGCGGCGAUGAUUCGAAUACUCGACCUCUUAUUUCUGAGCGCUCUCGUGCCGGCAGCAGUGCCAGCCUCAUGGCUCCGAGCAAGGCCAAGGUCAGCGAGUUUGACCCAGACGAGACCGACUACAGCAAACUCGUGCCGCAGGACUCUCCUCGUCGCUCAAUUAAGGUCAUGCCCAAGGAUGUCUCGAGAAUUGAGGAUGAGGAGGACGAGGAAGAGGAGGAUGAGGCACCUACCAAGCCUGCCCCAAGAGCCAGGGCUGCACCCAAAGCCAAGGCUGCCCCUAAGGCGGCUGCAGCUCGUGGUCGCGCAAAGAAGGAUGCCGCGCCUGUACCUUCUCCCGCUGCCAAGGCCUAUGCUUCUAAGCUAGCCAAGACCAACAAGAAGAAGCCCGUAGAUGACGACUUCUCCGAGGACGACAUCGAUGCCAUGGCCAAUGACAUCCUGGAUUCCCCGGCUGGCAAGAUGGACGUCUCGGAUGAUGAGCCCGCUCCUCGACGUGCGGCAGCCGCUCGUCCCGCUCGCCGCACCGCUGCGGCGGCUAAGAAGACCUAUGUGAUUGAGGAAGAUAGCGAGGAUGAGGAGGACUCUGCUGAUGAUUUUGAGGAGGACGAGAGUGACUAG